CACCGCGUCUAGGCGCGUCAUACUGCGCCAAAGACGUCGCGACGUGCCUCGCCGCCGUUCCUGGCUGCGAAAAGUGACGACGACCCGUCGACCCGCGCCCCAGCUGCAAUGAGGGAGAGUUGCGGAGUGCUCGAGGAGCAGCUGACGCCGGCCGGCAAGUCCAGGAACCGCGUCAAGGCGUGGUUUAGGUCCUGGCUCGCCACCGACAAAAGCUCCAAUCGUGGUAAAUCACGUGCUGCUGGAACGAUUCGCGAGCCCGAAGAGAUGCAGCGCUGCCCGUACCUGCACGAGAUGAAGGAGCGUCUCCUGUCGCAGCCUACGCCAACGGACAGCCUGGACAUGGAGCGUCUCGACGGCAACGGAGGAACGCCCAUCAAAGAUCAUCAUCAUCACCACGGGAACAACGAUUACGCGACACACGUCAGCGCCGGAGUAAUACCCGAGCCGCCGGAAAUGCCGCCGGAUUCGUUGAUCGGCACCGUCGUCAAGCUGAACUCGGAUGGUUAUGGAUCUCAUACGUCACCUGCGCAUGUAAGACAACCUCUGGUGCCUCAAAAUUCCAAUAAUCAGCCACUAUGCCUCACACCCACGCAUUCACCACCAAUAAACAGUGAUUUGCCGAAAAAUGCCAAAACGUCCUUGUUCAUAAUAAUGAGCUUCAUCUACGCAAAGCUCUUGGUAGUCGUAUGCAUUGCUUACGUUAUAAGCGAGGUGGUGACACACAAGCUGCCCCUUUAUUACUACGAAGGCUUCUUCACCUACCUGUACGGCGUGAGCAUCCUCUUCCUGCUCUACGUGUUCUGCUUCCUGCUGCAGGAGAGCGCGUGUUGCUCCCGCGGUGCCGACACGCCUCCGCCGCCAAAGCCACCCAAACCUCCAAAGGAACCCAAGGACAAGAACAAAAAGAAGGACAAGAAAGAGAAGAAAGAUAAGGAAGCCAAGAGUAAGAAGGACUUUCAGGAUGCUGCGGAUGUUGAGGCUGGGGUCACCACACGUUCAUUACGAAAACGGAAGACCUCCCAGAACGACUCAAGCCAUGGCAGCUUCUUCCUGCGGAUCGGCGCCAUUGCUUUCGGCCUCGGAACGAUGGUUUACAAUGGAUUGGAGUUUGGAGUUUUCUUCGAAGUGCCACCAACAUCACCUUGCUAUCAGAUUCUACAAGGCGUUAACCCCGUUCUUCAGAUGAUCUUUACUUUCAUGCAAAUGUACUUUAUCUUCAUGAAUUCUAGGCUGAACAUUCAUCGUUUCAAAGUUGUCGCGAGAUUCGGUCUAAUGCACGUCGUAGCCACGAAUCUGUGCGUAUGGAUUCGAACUUUGGUGCUCGAGAGUAUUAAAGAAAUCGCUCAGUAUCACCGUAAUCUGGGACGCGCCGAGGCUGGAAUUCUAGCGAGUAUAAAAGAGCACUCGUUACGGAAUGCCGGUGCCAUCCUCGGAGAACGUCCUCGCAACUUGGCCAAUCUACGUCUGGGCCCAGGCGCGCCAACUCCUUACUCCAAUAAAUUCGCUCGCACAGUAGCUACGACAGCAGCGACUUUCAAUCGUAUGGCUCGCUCCACUGUUCGACCAGUAGCUCGUGCUAUAACUCCCGGCACGACGACGACGACGACUUCGUCGAGUCUGUCGACGAGUACCGAAUGGCCGAUAUCGUCAACAUCUUGGCCACCAUUUACCACGACAACCGCAGCAACUACGUCUACGUCCACUUUAUCAUCGACCAGCUCCUCCACUGCGGCAACGACUCUGUCAACUUUCUUGACGACUCUCAUGCCGACCAGAAAGGACAUCUUAACUUCUUCGAGCAUCGCUUCGACCUCAACCUUAACAUCAUCAUCCACUGGCUUCCCAACAGCGACCUACGCUUCCGACGAAAUUUUCAGCGACUUUGAUCUUCAGUCGGAUAGUAAAAAUAAUAUACCACGAAUUUUCGAUGUGACAAAUGCAACGGCAAACCUUACUAGUGCUGCAAUCGGCAGCAGCAUCGGCAGUCCUCUUUGGAAUCCGAGCUUCAACGUCUAUGCCGAGGCACUAACUGCAAACGAAGCCGGAUUAUUGGCCACCAACUCCUGUGGUCGCGUCAACAUUAUGGGCACGAUUGUCAAGGACGCCGCACCAUACCUAUUUCCAUUUAUUAUCGAGUACAGUUUAAUAGGAGCUGCGGUCAUUUACGUUAUGUGGAAGCAUAUCGGUCGCCAUCCUCGCUGGCCACAUCAAGCUGAAGCUGAUCUCGAACGCAGACUCGAAGCUAUGUUGUCACGGCGCGCCGUUGCUCUUGCUCAUGCAGAUGAGUCGGCUGAAAAUGACGAAUCAGGAAAAGUCGAUAAGCAGGAAGAAGUCAAAGUAGAAGCCAAAGUAGUCAAAGGUCAUGGACGUGUGGACUGCGUGGGAGCCAGUAAAGGACUCUUCUUCGGACUUCUCCUUCUUGUUGGAUCUCUCAUCUGCUUAAUUCUCUUCUUUGUGCUCAUCCAUCAUCCAGAUCUCGGGUUACUUGCUAUUUACUUGGCAGACGUCUCUCACUGCGCUCUUAUGGCCCUCUCGAUCGUCGCAAUAAUCAUCGGCUUCAUACGUGUCCAAAGUCUCAAGUUUAAGGCUGAGGAGCAAAGCGACCUGAAUGAUAUUCUUCUCCGUGUUUCUGCCUUCGGUCUAUUCAUCUAUGCUGUUUUCAGCGUCAUAGCUGGUUCAUUGGCAGCCUUCACUCACGAGCCUAAUCUUCUCGUCAUGGUUACCGGCUUACUCGCCGUAUUUCAGGUUGUACUGCAAAUGCUUUUUAUUGCUGACGUAUCACGCAGGCGCGUUCAUCUUCCUGAGCACGAUCGCAGCAAGCCAGGACGUCAAAUCGUGACAUUCUUAUUGAUCUGCAAUGUCACCAUGUGGGUCAUUUAUACAUUCGAAGCUCAAAAAGUCGCAGCGAAUCCCGUGCAAAUUGACUUUUAUGGAUAUUUGUCAUGGGCUAUUGUGCAGAGGAUCACAAUUCCACUCUGCAUCUUCCAUAGGUUCCAUAGCGCGGUUACGCUUGCAGAAAUCUGGAAAACUAGCUACAAGGCACGCCUCGAAUAAGGCGUUUGAUCAUCAUCAUUAUUGCCAACUGCAUUGAACUAUGAUAAAGGUAAAUGUAAAGAUCUCGGGAAAUUAAAAUGAAAGAGACGGAAUGGAGUGUAACGGAUUUCGAAUAGAGGUGAAUAUUGAUACUUAAUCAAUUCCCUCCUGGCACAAAAAGUUAUUAAAAAGAGGAUCUACUGAAUUGUUGCACACGAGGAUCAAAUAUACAAAAGAUGGCAUUCAAUUAUAACAUGUCAUAGAAAUUUGUAAAUUUAAACUCUUGACAACGAAUUACGAACUCGUCUCUCUUAGCGCUUAGAGAUGCGUUGAACAAUUUUAAUGUAACCGUACACAAUUUGUUUCGCGAACUUCGGUUGUUUUUAUUUUAUACUUUG